ACAACAUCAGCGCAUGCGUGUUUGCAUCAAAGUGAUUGGACUUUCGAGAAACCCGGAAGUUAUGUGAAGGUCUUUGGCGAUGGUUGAAGUUCAGACAACGCUUCACAGUUGAAAGCCCGGAAUCUUUGUUAAAAUGGGCGUUAAAAUAGAGGUGUUUAGAAUGAUGCUGUAUCUGUCUUUUCCCGUGACCAUGUUCUGGAUCUCAAAUCAAGCAGAGUAUUUUGAAGAGUAUAUAGUGAAGAGAAAGAGGGAAAUCUUCCCCCCCGACGAGGGAAUGCAUAGGAAGGAGUUGGAGGACUUCAAAGAGCGAAUGCGUGUUCGUAAGGAGCGGCGGAUACUAAAAAACAUGUCUGCAGAGUCUGAGAACUGAGGAUUGGGGAUGAGGAAAUAAAUUACUUUUCAGCACCAUUAACGGAGGAUUACCUGGCAGUGUUUUCUGGCAGAAGAAGACUGAUCGGACUCAUGUAGGAGCAAGACACACUGGAAACAUCUGAGAAGUUAACGCAUCUUGAGGCUGUGCUGGACAUUUUCCAGCAAUUUAUUAUGCUUCAUCUAGCUAAUAUUAAGUUUAAUUUACAUGUGUAAGACUUUUCAAAUUACAGAAUUAUUUGUGUUUGAAUGCCUGAUGAGUUAAGCUUGUGUGAUUUCGCUGUCAUAAAAUUAUAAUUUCAGUAAUAUCUUGUUGGAUCUAACAUAAUUGUCAUGAUUCAUGUUGUGAGAUGCAGUGCCUAUAAAAAGAAAUCCCCAGGAGAUGUUUUGCAUGUGUAGGGUUUUUCAACAUUGUAUCAUAGUGGUUGUAAUAAGGCAGUUUUUACACUGAUCAACAGAAAGGGACCUUAGUACCGAAGUGCAAAAAACUCUCUUUAAACUAAUUUGAAUUAGAAGUAGAAACUGGAAAACAAAAUAACUGAUCUAAGUAUUUGUCACCUUCAAUGUUAUAUAUACAAUUUUCAUCAUGUUUAUGAGAGCUACUGGUGGCAACAUGUUUUGUCUUUUGGCCUGUGCCAAAAACCCAGGUAGCUUUACUUUACUUAAUGUAUUUAUUUCCAUGUUUCGUGAUUUAUUUAUGUUUUGCCGCAUUCAUUGUAACCUCUGCCUUCAUAAACCAUCUGGGGGGCAUAUCCCCAAAUGUGAUGCUACCACUACCCUCAGGCCUCACGGUGGGUAUAUUUUUUCUUAAAUGUCUGUAUUAUACAUCAAAUACAUGUUAGCAUGAUGUUAUGAGGAUUCUUAUCAGGUCAUUGAACCUCUUUUCCACUUUGCUGUAGUCACUUCUUACCUCUUCUGGCAAACAUUAGCUGGAAUAUUCUGAAUAUGUAACCGUAGCUUUCUUUAAAAUGUAGGGUUACUUGUUGCACAGAGGCAUUGAAUGUUCCUUUGGGUUCAUAAUUUGUUGUUUUAAUCGAAAAUCACUUGUUACACCUUGCCUACACACCGGGUAUUACCCCAUGACUUCCUGCAAUGGCCGGCCCUGAAAUUAUUUAACUGUUUUUUCAGGUUAUCAGUGUCAGAAAUGCCUAAUCACAUCCAUUGUAUUUACAUGAAGAAGUUGAGGGGGUCGGGGGUAUUGACCCUAUGAGCACUGUCAUUUUAAUGCAGUUGUGUUAUUGAAGUUAUUUGGUGGUUUUGCUUCAC